UUGGCCUUGGGAUGUGGGUAAAUGCAGCAGUCCAAACUUUAAACCGGGUGAGUGGGUGGUGGCGUGACCUCAACGUGGAUGACUUACAUUAUUCUUCUUUUACAUUACCUGCUGUUUGCAAUGGUCUGUGAUAUCACUGUGUAGCAUGUGCAAUGCAUGUGAAACCACAGGCCAAGUAGCUGGUUCUUGCCCAUGGAUAGAAGUUAUUUCAAGUAUGGAGUUACUAUAAUGCAUUCAAACUCAAAAGGUUUGGUUAAGAAGGAAGCUGUAGCAGGUCGAGCACUGGUUCUCCUCGUAAGCCUACUAGAUGGAUGUCCAUCCUCAAAAUGAUGGACAGAAUGACAUAAAUGGAAUUGCAUGCAGCUUCGUAGAAGCAGUAGGCAGAACCACGGCAGCUGCACAUCGUAGUCUGGGUUGACCACAAAAGGACACACCCAUGCAAACCUCCACGAAACGGUUUUGGAGUUCAUGAGGAGGGCGGCCCGGAGCCCCAGGCGAAGCCCCUUCGGAGCCAUCUGAGCCGAGGGAAUCCGAGAGGGAUGUGCAAGUGUGUACCAGUGCUGCGUCGCCGUGGAAGAGACAAUAGAAAAGACCGGGAGCAGUAACAAGUAAUAAAUACACGGAUUGGUCGCGUCAUAUCGGUAACCCUCGUCGGUUACGACUGACGUGUUAUUUAUGUGGGUGCUGUCUUCUUCCUUUUUCUAAUCUCUUGCACAUAAAGACUUACCACCGGGGUGAGAUGCUCCGUGUCUCCCGAAACGACACUUUGCCAUGGAGGCGAGCGCAUCCCGGUUUCAUCGACUCACCGCGCGAAUCCAUAGGGAAACAGUAGCCCCACCCCACCAUUUCAUGCAAACACGCACACAUGGUGUCGUCUCUUUGCUGCUGCCGGCCCCGCGGGUGAUGCGAUCCGACGUCGCCGCUCGGUUCGGUCCGGUGCGCCUGAGUCCCGCGCUUGCAAAUAGAUGAGCUUUGAGCCACCGAUUGCAGCGGGAGACGAGUGUACCCAAUAUACGACGCUUCAAGGAACUCGUAGAGUACGUGGAAAACAUGGAUAGCUGGAUGGAUAGAUAUGUGGAGGCAACCCCACCAAAAUUAUAGUGCUGGGCUUUGCUAUAUUUUUGAGAUUUAAACGAGGAGAAGCGGCGAGAAAGAGCAAACAAAGAGGGAGGAGACCCGAUGCAAAACAAGCAGUGAGAGAGCACCGGGGAGAGCGAGUUGGGAUUUGAAGUCGAGGAGUUUUUGAUGAUGUCGAGGUCGAGGCAACAGCGCCACCCUCCAUCAUCCCCAUGCCAAAACCGCCACCUCCUCCCACUCUUCCUCUGUCACCACCCUCCACUCUGCUGCUUCUAUCUCCUCCUGCCACUGCUGCUGUCGCUGUCACCUUUCUCCUCCUCCUUGCUUGCCUCUGCCAACCAAGAAGUCACUGCGCUCUACCAGUGGAUCAACUCCUCUUCCUCCUCCGCCCGAGCGCUUCCCGACUGGGACCCGGCGCACGCGACCCCGUGCAAGUGGAGCCGCAUCGCCUGCAACGCCGACGACUCCGUGUCCACCAUCACCAUCCGAUCCGUCUCCCUGGCCGUCCCCCUCCCCGCCGGGCUCUGCGCCGCCCUGCCCUCCCUCACCACCCUCGUCGUCUCCGAUGCCAACCUCACAGGCGCCAUCCCGUCCGACCUUGCCGCCUGCUCCCUCCUCACCCUCCUCGACCUCAGCUCCAACUCCCUCUCCGGGGCCAUUCCUGCCGCCCUGGCCCGCCUGUCCUACCUCUCCUCCCUCAUCCUCAACUCCAACCAGCUCUCCGGCCUCAUCCCGGAGGAGCUCGGCUCCGCCGCCGCCCUCCGCCACCUCAUCCUCUUCGACAACCGCCUCUCCGGCCCCAUUCCAGACUCCCUUGGCAACCUCUCCCUCCUCGAGACCCUCCGCGCCGGUGGUAACCGCGACCUCUCUGGGCCGAUACCAGACUCCCUCUCCCUCUGCGCCAACCUUACCGUCCUCGGCCUCGCCGACACUAAGAUCUCCGGCCCCAUUCCGCCGUCGCUUGGCCGGUUGUCUAAUCUCCAGACACUGUCCAUCUACACCACCAUGUUGUCAGGGUCGAUCCCACCGGAGCUCGGCAACUGCUCGUCGCUCGUCAACCUGUACCUCUACGAGAAUUCGCUCUCUGGACCGCUCCCAGCGUCGCUCGGCAGGUUGUCGAAGCUCGAGAGGCUUCUCCUGUGGCAAAAUGUUCUCUCCGGCCCCAUUCCAGACGAGUUCGGAGACCUUUCUUCCCUUCAGUCCAUCGACCUCUCCAUCAACACCAUCUCCGGAGCCAUCCCGCCAUCUUUGGGCGCGCUCUCAAACCUCCAAGAUCUCAUGCUAAGCGACAACAACGUCUCCGGCUCCAUACCGCCUUCUUUUGCCAACCUCACGUCGCUCUCGCAGCUCCAGCUCGACACCAACCAGAUCUCUGGCCUCAUCCCGGCCGAGCUCGCGGCGCUCAAGUCGCUCACCGUCUUCUUUGCGUGGCAGAACCAGCUCGAAGGCGCCAUUCCUCCCUCCCUCGCCUCGCUGACGAACCUCCAGGCUCUCGACCUCUCCCACAACCACCUCACUGGCCCCAUCCCGCCCGCCCUCUUCCUCCUUCCCAACCUCACCAAGCUCUUGCUGCUCUCCAACGACAUCUCCGGCCCAAUACCCGCCGAGAUCGGCAGGUGCGCUUCCCUCGUCCGUCUCCGCCUCGGCGACAAUCGCAUUGCCGGUCCCAUCCCCGCUGAGAUUGGCGGGCUUAAGAGCAUCGACUUCCUCGACCUCUCCGGCAACCGGCUCACCGGCCCCAUUCCUGCGUCCAUCGGCAACAGCUCCCAGCUACAAAUGGUCAACCUCAGUAACAACACGCUCUCCGAUGCCAUCCCCGAUUCCUUAUCAUUGAUCACCAGGCUGCAGGUACUUGACCUGUCGCUCAACCGGCUUACGGGGCCGAUCCCCGGCAGCUUUGGCAAGCUGGAUUCGAUGAACAAGCUCGUGCUUAAUGGUAAUUCACUGACCGGCCCGAUACCAACAUCGCUCGGCCAAUGUUCGAAUUUGGAAUUGCUUGACCUGAGCAGCAACCAGCUCACCGGCGGCAUCCCCGACGACCUCUGCCUCAUUGAAGGGCUUGACAUUGCUCUUAAUCUUAGCAGGAAUGCGCUCACCGGACCGAUCCCGGCGAAGAUGUCUGCGUUCAGCAAGUUAUCAGUGCUCGACCUUUCGUACAACAUGCUUGACGGAAGUCUCACUCCGCUUGCUGGACUAGAAAACUUGGUCACAUUGAACGUCUCCAACAACAACUUUACCGGCUACCUUCCGGACACUAAGCUCUUCCGCCAACUCUCGGCCUCUGACCUUGCCGGCAAUCAAGGGCUCUGCACCCACGGUGGAGACGUGUGCUUCGUCACCUUGGAUGCCAAUGGCCGGCCAAUCAUGACGGUUGAGGCCGAGAGCAGAAGAGUGCAUAAGUUGAAAUUAGCUAUAGCUCUGCUGAUCACUGCGACGGUCGCAAUGGUUCUUGGGAUGAUCGGAGUGAUAAGGGCGAGGAGAAUGGGAGGGAAAGGCGGUGAAGAUGACGGCUCCGAGAUGGGCGGGGAGAUGUCUUGGCCAUGGCAGUUCACGCCCUUCCAAAAGCUGAGCUUUUCCGUGGACCAGGUCGUGCGUAGCUUGGUCGACGCCAAUGUCAUCGGUAAAGGGUGCUCGGGAGUGGUCUACCGCGUUCAAAUGGACAACGGGGAAGCCAUCGCCGUGAAGAAGCUGUGGCCAACAAGCGCAUCAGCCGGAAAAUUGGCAGCAAAGGAGGACUGCAACAGCAGCAGAGUCCGGGACUCGUUCUCGGCUGAGGUGCGGACGCUCGGUUCGAUCCGGCACAAGAACAUCGUGAGGUUCCUGGGGUGCUGCUGGAACAAGAGCACUCGGCUGCUAAUGUACGAUUACAUGGCCAACGGCAGCCUGGGGGGGCUGCUGCACGAGCGCACCGGUUUCUCCCUGGAGUGGGAUUUGAGGUAUCAGAUCAUCCUGGGAGCCGCCCAGGGUCUGGCCUACCUCCACCAUGACUGUGUUCCGCCGAUAGUCCACAGAGACAUCAAGGCCAACAACAUCCUCAUUGGCCUCGACUUCGAGGCCUACAUCGCCGACUUCGGGCUCGCGAAGCUCGUCGAGGACGGGGACCUUGCUCGGUCGUCGAACACUCUCGCCGGUUCCUAUGGCUACAUUGCUCCCGAGUACGGCUACAUGAUGAAGAUCACGGAGAAAAGCGAUGUGUACAGCUACGGUGUGGUGGUUCUGGAGGUGCUAACGGGGAAGCAACCGAUCGACCCCACGAUCCCGGACGGGCUCCAUGUGGUGGACUGGGUGCGGCGGAGGAAAGGGAGCGCGGAGGUGCUCGACACCGGCCUCAGAGGCCGGCCAGACUCGGAGGUGCAGGAGAUGCUGCAGGUGCUCGGGGUGGCACUACUGUGCGUGAACGCCGCGCCGGACGAGCGACCGACGAUGAAGGACGUGGCCGCGAUGCUCAAAGAGAUCCGGCAUGAAAGGGAGGAAUACGCCAAGGUGGACUGCCUCCUCAAGGGAGCAGCACCAGCCGCGGCAGUCGACGCUACGACGUCGACCUCAUGCAGUGCGUUGCUGGGCCAACGGGGUCAGAGUAACAGUAGUAAUUCCAGCUUCUCUGCUUCCAGCAUCUACUCUUCCGCCAGGGCCAAAUCACCGUUCGAGUCCACUUCUGCCUAUCCUUCCUGACCAGCAUUUUGUGUAUCUCAUUUUUCUUUUCUUUUUUUGAGCUUUGUAAUUUGCUGUAGUUCUUUUCUUGUGCUCUCUACUAAGCACUGGCCUUGGAUCUGUAAAGAAGAGGGUCAGCAUAUUGGUUUUGGUUCCUCGCUUAGCUAUAUGUGACUACUAAACCAAGAGUGAAGGGCUCGACGAAUAAAGAUGAUGUUGGAUUUCUAUC